UUGUGCUGACUAUUGAAAAGCAGGCCUUGUGUGCUGGGACACGCACUCCGUUUCAAAACCGUGAGAUUCCCCACUGAGCUGGACUCCUAUGUGGAGGGUCAGCCUCCACUUGUGGUUUAUCUCUGUGAAUGGGGGGGUUGCUCCUAGUUUUGUACACACACAGGGAGGUGAGGGACAGAGAGAGAGAGAGAGAGAGAGAGAGAGAGAGAGAGAGAGAGAGAGAGAGAGAGAGCGCACCAACUGCUACAGACAAAUACUGACUUCAUCCUAGGCAGUAAGUCGUGAGCUGAGGGCAUAGGUGGGUGUCUUCCACAGGGACACUUUACAUAUUUACAUAGAAGGGUGUCUCUCUAAGCCUGGGGCCUGAGAAGACUCAUGCAGUAUGGCAGGUGCAUCAACACAUGACUGAGGAAGGGAUGGAGAAGUCAGUGAAGACCACCAGGAGCCAUUAAGAAGGAGGUUCAUUCUGUGGAGGUCACGGAGUUGACUGGCCCUGCAUGGAUCUUCACAGUCUAGCAACUUGGCUCUGUGGUUUAUAAUUAUCAAGCAUCCAGCUUCCAGCCAAUGAGGUUUCUACCAAGUCUGCUACCUCAAUAAACGUCAGGUCACUGAGUAGCUUCACCUUCAGUCACAAGCUCAGCAGUAAGGCUGAUCUAGACCCUCAGCUUGGAGCAACUUGCGUUACAGGGAAACACAGUCAGAGGUGGCUGUGUCUUUGGCCUUGGAGAUCUGAGACCCAGAAGUUUCCCAUGGCUCCUUAUCAUAUCCGAAAAUACCAGGACAGCGACCACAGGAGUGUAGUGAAUUUGUUCUGCAGAGGCACGGAGGAGCACAUCUCCGCCAGCUUCCGCUACAUGCUGCUGCUGCCCGGAACCCUCCUGAUCUUACUCGGGGUCCCUCUUACUCUAUUCUUGGCCUCAGGCUCCUGGCUUCUGGUUCUUCUGUCCACCCUUACCCUCCUUGUUUCCCUGUGGCUCCUUGCAAAAUACCCUUGGGAGAAGUAUACGGCAAUGUGUUUGCACUCAGACAUGGCUGAUAUCCCCAGAACCUACUUGAGUUCUCAUUACUCCUGCUUCUGGGUGGCUGAGUCUAGAGGUCAGAUGGUGGGCAUAAUCGCUGUUUUACCAGUGAAGGAUCCCCUCCUGCAGAGGAAGCAACUGCAGCUACGUCACCUCUCUGUGUCCCUGGAGCACCGGAGAGAGGGGAUUGGAAGAGCUAUGGUCAGGACUGCCCUCCAGUUUGCAGAGAUGCAGGGCUUCAGUGAAGUUGUCCUGGUCACCAGCAUGUUGCAGUAUGCUGCCCUAGCUCUGUACCAGAGCAUGGGCUUCCAGAAGACUGGUGAGUUCUUCUAUACCUUUGUCUCUCGACUAAGGAAUUCUCCAAUGAUAUGCUUAAAAUAUUGCCUCACUUCUGCUCUGAAUGACCUGAAAACCUGAAAGACCUGCUCUGAGAGACCUGUGAGCUCUCUCCUGUGGCCAUCAGUCAGGAUCUAAUUGCUUCUGUAAUAGUAACAAGCAAACCCAGCUAUUUCAGCAAACCACUGACCCUCACUCUCAAGCACAUCGGAAUAAAUGUUUGUGGAUGGGGUUGGGGCAAUGGCUACUCUUUGUUAUCCAUGCUUUUCUGAGGUAUCCUUUAGCUAAUACUACAAUCAUAUAUAAAAAGUAACGCAGAUAAUAAAAUUUAACUUAGCUUGUGAAUCUUUGGAUCAUUUACAGAGCUUGGCAGGACAGCUCUCAGGGUCUCAGGACACCUUGGGUCGGCUGAAGCAUGUCACUUCAUUCUAGCAGUCUGGCUCAGGCAGGGCUCAAGGGUUUUGGAGAGUAACAAAAGCAAAAGCUAAGGAAGUGAAGGUCUUUCUCAAACACUGAAGGGGCCACAUGCAGAAACAUCCAAGACUUGGGUGGAAACUCACCUUCCUCUGUCGUAGACGGAGUGCAGUCACAGAACCAAGAGGUAGGCUAUAGCCCUGUGACUGGCCAGGCAGCCGCUCAACUGCUUCUGCACAAGGUUAGGAGAGUGGGUGCAGGUGGGGCACAGGGUGUUUUAGAAAUUGUUUACACCCUUUGGCAACUGACAGGACUCCAUCUUGUGGGACGGCAUGCAUGCAUUGAAAUAGGCUGGACAUGGCGUGUUCCUGUAGCCCAGAAAAGCUAUAGAAUUAGUAAGGGGACACAACUUCAUAUGUCCAUACUGCCCUGGGAUUCCUCAUUUCUCCAAGUGCCUCCGGCCUGGAUGCAUUCCUGCAAGCUUUGAUGUCUUAGGGUUAUGACUAUUUUAAUAGCAGUGUAAAUUUUAUCAAAUGCCACCGACUUGUGUAUUUUAAAAUAGUUAACUCCACACAUCUACGUGCCUCUAAUCUCAGUGCUCAGAAGGCAGAGGUGAGGCAAGAGGCUAUCUGUGAGUUCCAAGACCAGCCUCAUCUACAUAGCAAAUUCUAGGCCAGCAAGAGCUACAUAAUGAAACCCUAUCUUAAUAAUAAUACUUUAAAAAAUAAAAUGGUUAACUUUAAAAUUUGUAAAUGCUUUCUCCCAAUAAUUGGAAAAUGAAAGAAGCUUAUAGAUUUGUCCAAAACUCUCAAGUUCACAAGCAGUUAAAGAGAGCAGUGCUGUCGAGGGAAGCUGAUUUUUGGAGAUUCCACAGAUGGCAAAAUGUAGACCUAUGAUUUGUACAAGGAUCAGUUUAUGUGCAUAUAAGGUGGGGGACUGAUGGUUUUCCAAAAGGCAGAAAGGAAUGAGGACAUAGACCAAGAUAGUUUUAGAGGUUGGGACUUAGAUCCAGCAGUGAGAAAUCCUGGAAUGUGGGUUCCAGACCUCCUGUUCCUUCAGCUAAUAAAUAAUUUUUCUAAAGAACACGAUUUUAUUCUGAAAAUGGUAAAAAUGUAAAGACAUUAGUAUCUCUGAGGAUCCAUCCUGACUCCUAGGAAUAUGACCAGGUGCGUCAUGCUCCUGUCUCAUGUGUCCUUGAUCAUGGGCUGUACCCUCAAACUGUGAGCCAAAAGAAACCUUUCCACGUAAAAAGCACAUCCUGUUAUGUAAUAGGUUAUUGAUUAAAGUGUAGCCUAUUUUUUUUCAGUUUGGUUUUUGCUUUCUGGACACAUUUAUUCACCUGGGCACGUACAUAUGCACACUUAAGGACAAGGGUGUACACAACUGAAGCCUGCCAGCCUGACCUCCAAACUUCUGUCCCUGCCUGCUUUCCUCUCUUCUCACGUAAAAUUAUGUAAAUGUACAUAAUAUACAUUUUCUUACAUUUUGGGGGUGGGGUUCAAAACAGAGCUUCUCUGUAUAGCCUGGCUGUUCUGGAACAUGCUCUGUAGCCCAAACUAGUCUUGAACUCAGUUAUCUGCCUGGUUCUGCUGGGAUUAAAAAGAG